GGGCUGGGCCAACGAGUUGUGUUCCCAACCUUCGACCAGCAACAUCCUGUAAGCAUCCUGCAAAACGCCACUGAAACACCAUGAAGACUCUGAUCGUGUUUGCGCUGAUCGCCAUCGUGGCCGUGGCCGCCAACCAGAACGCCAAGACGCUCCGGUACGAGAACGUGCAGGACGGUGAUGCAAGCUACAAGUUCGCGUUCGAGUCUGACGAUGGCAUUUCGCGCCAGGAACAGGGUGAGCUGAAGACGGAAGAGGAGGGCAUGAACGUUCAGGGCAACUUCAAGUUCGUCGCCGACGAUGGUCAGGAGUAUGUGGUGCAGUAUGUCGCCGACAGCCAGGGCUUCCAUCCCGAGGGUGACCACAUCCCGAAGGAGUACGUCGAGAAUGUGCCCAGCCUGUAAGGAACCGGGGCGUGGCUACUAGCGGAGUUAAGAGUUUGUUUUUGCGUGAUAAAAGCUGUUUCGACCACAAAUAGAGAUGUCCUGUUGUUCUGUUUUUGAGGGCAACGGAAGCUAAA